GAAUCUUUCAUCUGUGUUUCUUCUUCUUCUCUCAUUUCUGCUCUCUCUCCCUCUCCUUUCGCCUUCGUUUAUGAAGCGAGUACCAGCCAUUAAUGCUACCUCUCUUCUCAAACGAGAUUUCUCUAACCACCUCUCCUCCUCCUCCUCUUCGUUACAGCUAAUCCCCCGAUGUGAUGACCCACCUAAACCAAUCAUCCUCAACCCGCUUUACAAUCUACUUCCCAACACUCAAAACCCUAACCGAAUCGUCGACGUCAUCUGCUCCUCUCUCAAUCAACAACGCGACUUCCUCCCAUCCAACCUCCACAACUCGGUCAAAUCCCUGAUUCCUCAUCUCGGCCACCGCGAAAUCUCCAGGGUUCUGCUUAGGUUCCAAUCAGACGCCACUCGAGCUCUCUCCUUCUUCAAUUGGGUUAAAUCCGAUUCGGGUCUUACCCCGAACGUCGGUAACUACUGUCUGUUGCUUCACGUUCUCGCUUGGUCAAAGAAGUUCCCUUUAGCUAUGCAGUUCCUCUGUGAACUGAUUGAGUUAGUCGCUAACAAAGAAGAAGAAGAAGAAGAAGAUGUGUUUAGUGUAUUGGUUUCUGCUACUGAUGAGUGUAAUUGGGAUCCUGUUGUUUUCGAUAUGCUCGUCAAGGCCUACCUGAAACUAGGUUUGGUAGAAGAAGGCUACUCUGUUUUUCGAAAGGUGGUUGCUUUCGGUUUUCGUGUUAGUGUUGUCACUUGUAACCAUCUCUUGAACGGUUUGCUGAAGCUGGAUCUAACGGAUGACUGUUGGCGAGUGUAUCGCGUCAUGCGUAGAGUAGGGAUCCUCCCCAACGCUCAUACGAUCAACGUUCUAACCAAUGUGUUCUGCAACGGUUCGAGUUUCAACCAAGUUAAUGAGUUCUUGGAGAAGAUGGAAGAGGAGGAAGGGUUUGAGCCUGAUUUGGUUACUUACAACACGUUAGUGAGUAGUUAUUGUAGGAGAGGAAGGUUGAAAGAAGCGUUUUAUCUUUACAAGAUCAUGUACCGGCGUCGUGUUGUGCCGGAUUUGGUUACCUAUACGUGUCUUAUCAAAGGUCUUUGUAAAGAAGGGAGAGUCAGAGAAGCUCAUCAGACUUUUCAUAGGAUGGUAGACAGAGGGAUUAAGCCUGAUUGUGUCUCUUACAACACUCUUAUCUAUGCUUAUUGUAAGGAAGGGGUGAUGGAACAGGCGAAGAGGCUGUUACACGAAAUGCUUGGGAGUAGCGUUGUUCCGGAUAGGUUUACUUGUAAGAUUAUAGUUGAAGGGUUUGUGAGAGGAGGACGGUUACUUGCGGCUGUGAACUUUGUCGUCGAGCUUACGAGGUUAAGGGUUAGAGUCCCGUUUGAAGUUUGCAGCUUUCUGAUGGAAAGUUUGUGCCGGGAAGGUAAACCGUUUGCAGCGAAGCAUCUGUUAGAAAGAAUCACCGAAGAGGAAGGUCGCGAGGUGAAACUAGAGACUUACAACAGCUUAAUCGAGUCUUUCUCUCGUUGUGAUGCUAUUGAUGAGGCGUUGCUUCUGAAAGGGGAACUCACAAGUCAGAACCAGGUGCUAGGUGUUGAAUCUUACCGAGCUCUUAUUGGCUGCUUGUGUAGGAUUGGUAGGUACCGUGAAGCCGAGUCUUUGAUGGUGGAAAUGAUUGAUUCUGAAGUGAAGCCGGAUUCGUGUAUAUGUGGGGCUUUGGUUAAUGGAUACUGCAAGGUGUUGGAUUUUGCUAAAGCUGAGAGUUUAUUGAGUUUCUUUGCUGUGGAGUUUAGAAUCUUUGACAUAGAGAGUUACAAUUUGCUUGUUAAAGCGAUUUGUGAAACUGGAAGUGGGUAUGAGAAGGUGUUAGAGCUUCAGGAAAGGAUGCAGAGAGUUGGGUUUGUUCCAAACACUUUGAGUUGUAAGUACAUGAUCCAAGGUUUGAGCCAACGAGACGGUUUGAUGUAAGAAAUUUAAACCAGUUUUUUUUUGUAAUAGAGGUAGCGAAUUUUCUGU